AUGACCACCUCCUGCUGCUCCCCUUGCUGCCAGCCCACCUGCUGCAGAACCACCUGCUGCAGGACCACCUGCUGGAAGUCAGCCUGUGUGACCAGCUGCUGCCAGCCCUGCUGCAUCCCCAGCUGCUGUAGUGCACCCUGCUGCCACCCCAGCUGCUGCCAGCCUUGCUGUCCUCCAACCUGCUGUGAAACCACCUGCUGCCAGACCACCUGCUGUAAACCAACUUGUGUGACCAGGUGCUGCAGCACACCCUGCUGCCAGCCCAGCUGCUGUGAGUCCAGCUGCUGCCAACCCUGCUGCCUCCCCAGCUGCUGUAGCACACCCUGCUGCCACCCCUGCUGCCAACCCACUUGCUGUGAAACCACCUGCUGCAGAACCACCUGCUAUAAACCAACCUGUGUGAUCAGCUGCUGCAGCACACCCUGCUGCCAGCCCAGCUGCGAAUCCAGCUGCUGCCAGCCCUGCUGUCCCUCAACCUGCUGUGAAACCACUUGUUGA